AUGGAGGGAGGGCAGGCACGGGGCGGUGGAGUGACGGGGAUGUCGGUGGGCGAGGGAGUGGCCCUCAUGGCGGGUGUGGCGAUCGCUGCCGCGGGCUACGUCUGGUGGUUCAAUCGCAAAAGCACACCAACAACGGAGCGCCAAAGAUCAUCGCCCGCGAUUUCGGCUGCACCAACACCAACACCCAAACAACAGGUCAAGGUGUGCAAGUCGUGUGGAAAGACUGAAUCGGGGGACCGCGCCCUCGUCCGCUGCGGACGCUGCCACAAGGUGUAUUACUGCUCCCGCGACUGCCAGCGGCAGGACUGGGGUCGCCACAAGCCCGAGUGCAGCUCUUCGGACUCUGCAGCGGCCCCGAAGAAGACACCGCCGCCCGAGCCACUGCCCGCUUGGGCGCAGAACUUGCGGCUGACAAGUGCCGAGUACGCCAAUGUGAAGGCUCUGCUCAAGAAGAACGAUGAACAGUUUGAACUACACUUGCGUGGCGGCCCGAAGCCUGACUCUGUGGAUGACAUCUGGGAAGGGCUGGAGCCGCAGGAGAUGCAGCAGCUCAUUGAAGACACUAUCUGGUACAAAGAAUUCUACAAGACGAAUGAUGCCUCGAACGUCUUGUCCCUGCUUCGUCGCCUGGCCUCCGUGGCCUUUUUCUGCCUGGUGUUCAGCAAGCAGUCGGAGGAGACCCUGCGAUCGUGGGUCGACCAGUGCGCGACGGAGCUGGCCCAGGACGGCUGGUUCCGCUCGGCAUUCCUCACGUUCCUUCGCUACGCCGACACGCCCGCCAGCCGGGCGUGCUACCAGCCCGUGCUCGCACUGCUCUCCUCCGCCGUAGACCAGCUCGAAGCGCAGUCCAUGCUCUCGCUGACCAUCCCCGACUUCGUAGCCCGUCCGCUGCACGAGCCGCUUCACUCACCGGAGGCGGUGGACCACAUGUGGGCCAACUACUUCGCCACGGGCAACGUGGCGCUGCUCAAGAAGAUCAUCAAGGAGGCACUCCCGCUGGCCGCGCAAGCACGCGUCGCCUCCAACCCCGUGAACGCCCAGCUCCUCAUGCAGACAUGCAACUUUGCCGCCGUCACGCUGGUCAACGAAGGAAUUUUUGACGAGCAGGUGCGAAACGUCUGCAAGAGCGAGCGGGACGCCCUUACGAGCGGGACCGGGCAGCAGAAUCUCGGCCUGAUGCAGAUGCUCCAGCAGAUCAUGAUGCAGCAGGAGGGCAGCAUCCAGCAGCUCGCCACCAUUCCCGCAGAGGAGGUGAGCCGGAUGCGGGUGGAGGUGGAGGGUCAUCGGCCGUUCCUGGAGCGCAUGCGGGAGAUCAAGCACCGACAGAAGGUGGCGCGGCUCAAGCAGAUGCCCGGCGUGCGCACCGUGCCGACCCAGUUCGGGAAUGCCCUGUGGCUGCCGGCCACCACCGACCACCCCGAGGGCCUCCUCUUCAUGACCAUGGAGGGCGAGAGCGGAGCACACUAA